UAUAUUUUUGUUUAUUUUAUUUACACACAUGUUUACACACAUUGACAUAAUGUAUUUAUGAUGAUAUAUUAUAUAGACUUAAGUCACUAGUAUUUAGUAUCAUACUCUAUAAUUAUAUAUCCUGUGUGUAUCGGUUGCAUAAUGUUUAACCACGGGAAAACCAUUUUAACUAUACUUCGUACUGAACCAUCAGGAAUUUUAAACAUGAAACUAUCAUUUCUCAGAGUGAAAAUGGCAUAUACAUUAGUGUGGAAUAUAACAGCCAUCUUGAACGCAAAACCACCAUGGGCAUUUUGAAAAGUUGGCAGAUUUCAUAACUCAAGCAGAUUGCACAAUGCAUUUGAAUGUCACUUGGGAAACGAGUACAAACAUCGUUGGAAUAAUUGGACGGAAUAUUUCCGAAUAUAUAAGAAAUGAAACAGAAAAUGUGUCUUUUCUUACCUUAGAUACAUACAACAAUUUAGUUUUUCAAAACAAUCUUUUGUUGUCGUUUAUUUAUAUUCUUCUAUUAAUGAUUAUUGGAAUUUCUGGAAACUUACUCGUUUGCUAUAUUUAUUUAUUUUAUCAGAAAAGAUGCCAAAGAACGACAAGAAGCUUCCGAGGAAGAAAUAAAUCUUCAAAAUUGAAAACGACAGACAUCUUCAUUAUUUCUCUAGCAUGUUUUGAUUUGAUCAGCUGUUUACUAGCAAUGCCAAUGGAACUAUUUUUACUGCGUAAUUUCUUAACAUUUGAUUAUCCAUGGUUAUGUAAAAUUUCCAGAUUUAUUUCUAUGUUUUGUACGAUAUCAACAUCGUUCGUUCUGCUAGCGAUUGCGGUGUCCCGAUUUGUUGGAAUAAGACUACGUUCUCUAAACAUUACGAUCACAACAUUGCAUGCUAAAAUAAUAGUGGUUGUUUCCGUUCUUAUCGCCUUAGCACUAUCAUCUCCCGUACUUGUUCUUUAUGGGACAUAUACACUCCCUUUAACCGCUGGGGUAACAGCUAGUACGUGUUUGAUUGUCAAUGAAUAUGCAGAAACAAAUUAUCCAUUUGUAACAAUCGUUUGCUUAACUGUGAUUCACUUGCUUUUUGAUAUUCUAUUUAUAACUUUUUAUGGACUAAUUAGUGGAAAAGUUGUCAGCAAUAAACGUACAUUUUCAACAAUUAUCAGAAAUAACAGUUCUAAUCGUUCACAGGAACAAUCGAUCGAAUCGAAAACGAUAGUUCUGUCAAAUGAAGGAAACCAAAAUGAAAACGUUUCACUUACAAAUACUGCAUCCGACAAAACUAAGUACGAUGACGUAUUCUUAGAUCAUAUCGCCGAAGAUGGCAAUGAAUAUGGACAACAGAGCCCCGCUCUGAACAAAAGAAUAAUUAAACCAAUAAAGAUAGCCGGAAGGAAGAAAUCAUCAAGUACAUCCACUGCGUACUCUAGGCGUAGCUGUAAAUCAUUGCGCUUAGGCAGCUCAUUUGCCAAUGAAACAAACGUUCAUGGAAGGACCUAUAAAGCAAGCCGGACUACUUUUAUGCUAUUCAUAGUAACACUGGCUUUCAUGGUGACAUUUGCACCGUAUUGCAUUGUGGCUUUGUUGAGGAAUUUGGAAGGUGUUGGAUAUUAUUCUAAAUUGACAGACAUUCAAAAGACCGUGUAUCAACUUUUCUUGAGAUCUUAUUUUCUAAGCAGUGCAAUCAAUCCGAUUAUAUACAGCUUUCUCAAUCAGUCUUUUAAGAGUCGUAGUAAAAUCAUACUUAAAAACAUUUUUAACAAGGUGUUAUGCAUAAACCAUUGAGCCUCGUCAUGGAGUGUUUGGUUAUGUGACUACUUGGUCGUUUUUACCAUUGAGCCUCGUCAUGGAGUGUUUGGUUAUGUGACUACUUGGUCGUUUUUACCAUUGAGCCUCGUCAUGGAGUGUUUGAUUAUGUGACUACUUGGUCGUUUUUAAAGUGAUUAUUUGACAUGUUUAAUUACCAGACAAAAGAUUUCAUGAUUAUUUGAUUAUUCGAUAAAUUAAGACUGUAUUUCUAAU